UUACGUUCCAUUUCUGGGUAUGAAAAAAGCAGUUCAUUAAGCAUUUGAUGUAUCAAGUAACAUUAUUUGACGAAUUUGAUUAUAAUUCCAUAAUGAUGUAUGGAGAAACAUUUUUCUCGAAGGACGGACACGGUAAAACUAUGGUAGCUAUGAAACCGGGUGUAAGACUCGUUGACGUCGGCAAUAAACCGGGGUUGAGCAAAAGUGAUAUUUAUCGUAUAAAUAAAUUAUAUAAAUGUCAUCUCGCUUAAUUAAUUAGACAGUAAAAAUAUAAAAAUAAAAUUGAAUUAGACAAAUCCAUAUCUAGUCUCGAUUUCUUACCAAUUAAACACACUCAGAAUUCCUUUUGUAUGUGCAGCCAUAUUUAUGAAAUUCUAACGUUUUCGGUCAUAUUUAAUGACCUUUAUCAAGAAUAAACGGAAAAAAAAACAGAAAAAAUCGAACUCUGAGAAAAUUCGAAUUAACGAUACAUGCGUUUUGGAACGUUUUUAAAAGGAUAUUCUACGGGAAUAAAGAGAGUCAUCUCUACAUAAAGGCUAUCAAUAUAUAACCACAUUAGCUAUUAGAACGUUAAAAAAAUAAUAUGACGUUCAAGAUAAAAUAAAAAUAACAAUAAAAAAUACAAACAGACAUAAAAUACCAGACAUAAAGAAUGUGUUGAGCAAAUACAUUAACUUAAGGGUUCUACCCUUAAGUAUGUUGCCGCUUUGCCACCGUUCUUGACGCUUAUAAUAUGCUUGAUCGAUACUUUGCUUGCAUCUCGGAAGUUGAUAGCUAGUCCUUUUUGGCUGGUUUUGUAAAUAUGCCAGUCUUCAGCGUACCGGAGGUGCUUUUUGUUGCGAACUGUUUGUAUCAAUCUUGCGUGAUCCCGUUCUUGGGGGUCAGCUAAGACGUAAGUCGCCAGCGCUGUGCACGGCUGUUCGCUUCUUAUGUUUCUCCGGUGUUCUGACAGCCUUUUCUUGAGGGAUCUUCCGGUAGCUCCGAUGUAGAACAUCUUAUUCUGCCGCCGUGUGUCUACAACAGGGACUCCUGGAAGAGAGUUCUUGUCCAAGGCAUCUUUGUCUGCCCUUAGCAAUCGGUAAAUAGUAGGAUUCCUUUUAUAAAUUAUUCUUUUGUUCGUAGCGGCUCCUAUUCGCCUAUAGAUGCUGCUCAGCCAGGCCUUAUAUUUCAUCAGUGUGAACUCUUCUGUAUUUUGUAAAUUUCACACCGUGCUACGUGUCUUAACUUGGCUAGUAAUAGCUUUAUCGUGCUCGUGCGAUGAGCGCCCGGAAUGCUGCUAGUUUAUACGUUGGAGGGUCGUGCGAAUUCCAUGGGAUAAAUAUCGAGUUGUACGUAAGCUUUCUAUAUAUUUUAGUGAAAAAAUCCCCUUUGCUGUCAAGUUAUAAAGAUAAAUCCAGAAAAUGUAUAAGAGUAUCAUUUUCUUGCUCGAGCUCAAUCUCGAGACCGAACUUGUUGUCAUUAAUGUCCUUUAUGAAUUGUUGUAAGUUGGCUCUUGCCUGCAGUCUUUCUAGAACUCUUGGGUGCGCCGUAAUACAAUGCGUAUCAUUUACGUACUUUAACAGAAGGUCGUCGUAAGUGUUUCUUUUCAUGACUACUAAGUCCUUCGACUUGUCGGCCCUUGUGAGCACGAGAUUAUUAUCUUCAGCCAGUCUUGACUUUUUCUGAUAUUUGGCCAGAUUGGGUCGCGAUCCCUUUUACUAUUUUCUUGUUUGAUUUUAAGCGCCACUUCCCAUCUAAACAUUUCCUUCUUGAUCUCGCUGAGCCCCUCUAUAGCUUGCUCGACUUCUUUUAAGCAUGUUGGUAAUGUGAUGUCAUCCCAGCAGAUAAUUAUUAAAUUAUUAUUAAACUUCUAAGAUAUUAAGUACAUUUGCUUAAAUGUUUACUUAAAUACUGUAUAUUAUUAAUUUAAUAUAUUGCUAGAAAAGCAUUUUCUGGAAAUCUGUGUAAAUAAAUGCAUAUAAAAUUUAUUAAAACAAGUAAUAAAUUUUGCUGACGAGACACUAAAUUUUCUUUUUAUCGUAUAUCGUUGCGCAUUUAUUCACUUUUUACUAAACUUCGGAAGUUGAAUUGAUAAUCGUCCGAAAAUGCUAUGCUUUGCAGCUUUACUUUUUAUGAUUUUAACGAAGAAAGAAGAUCUUCCGUUGCAAAGUUUAGAUUUAUUCGAAGGAGAUAUAAAUGGAAUUAUACAAAGAACUGCCGUUACGAAUGAUAGUAAUUUAUGGCCCAACGCAAGAGUUCCGUAUAUAAUUGAUUCUUCUCUAGAUGGUUACAGAUAUUUAUUAGCCCAAGCCAUGAAGAAUUAUCACGUAAACACGUGUAUCAGAUUUGUACCGAGAACAAACGAAGAAGAUUUUGUCUAUAUAUUCUCCGGCAAGAGAUGCUCUUCUAAAGUCGGUAGGAGGGGUAAAAAACAGGAGCUUUCUUUAGGACCAGGUUGUAGGAAUCUCGGUAUCAUUGUUCACGAAUUGGGACACGCCGUCGGUCUGUACCACGAGCACAGUCGAUAUGACAGAGAUAAUUUUUUGACCAUUUUAUGGGACAAUAUAAAACCAGGAAUGGAAAAACAGUUUAAUAAGUUCGAGCCUGGCGAAAUUAGAGUCCUGAAUCCUUUCGAUUAUAACUCUAUUAUGUUAUACGGAGAAACAGUAUUUUCCAAGGAUGAACAUUUGAAAACGAUGAUGCCCAAAUUGAAAGGAGUUCAACUCCUGGGAGUUGACAAGAAAAAAAGAUUAAGCAAAAGCGAUAUUUAUCGUUUAAAAAAGCUGUAUAAGUGUUAUAAAAAAAACAAAUAAUU